AUGGCCCUGGCGCUGCCACUGCUGCUGUUGCUGGUUGUUAUUGCGGGGAGUGCCCCUGCUGUGACAGCCCAGGAAGUGGGACACCGCAAGCUGCUGCAGGCUUCCACAUCCACAUCAACGAAGGCCCCCCCUAAAGCCCCCCCGCCUCCCCCUAAAGCCCCCCCGCCGCCGCCACCACCCCCGCCGCCGCCGCCAAUGAAGAUUUCCGAGAGGUACCUGGCCAAUGCCAGCGGUGGCGCCUCAGUCAUAAUGGUGCGCAUGCUGCUGGACCCCUUAAGAACGAGGUCACCAUCGUACUUAGCCCGUAUGCUCUUUGCGCCCGAAAAUGAGGACUUCACACUUGGCGGCAUUCGCCUAGCAGUAGGCUUCGAGUAG